AUGCGCUCGUUUUCUAUACUGUCUUUUCUCGUCGCCGCUCUUGUCUCUGAAGUCGUUAUCGCAUCUCCCGGGCUCGCCCCAAUACGUCUUGCACACCAUGGCGGCAUUGCCAAGCGGCAUGCUGAAGGUCAUGCCCUCUGGAAUGCUGAGAAGAGGCAAGCCUCUGGAGCUAGGUUCACUUGGUAUAAAACUGGCCUAGGAGCCUGUGGUGGGUAUAACGGAGAUGAUGAUCGGAUUGUUGCACUCAACGAACAUCAAUGGGACGGUGGUGCACACUGUGGCCAGAAGAUUACCAUUGAAAUCGGCGGGAAAACUGCCGAGGCAACCAUCACAGAUCUCUGCCCCUUUGACAGUUGCCCGUAUGGCGCCCUGGAUUUCUCUUCUGGUUUAUUCAAGAUCUGGGCAUCUGACCCUGCCGCAGUCGGUGUUAUGACGGGAAAUUGGUGGUACGGCUCUGGGGGAGGUAAUAACCAACAGACCACGACGAGUCACCAUGAGGAACCAACCACCCCACCGCCUCCUCCACCCACGACCUCGACAUCUUCAACUACCCCACCGCCGCCGCCGCCCUCCACAACGACCACGACCUCGUCCACCUCAACGUCCAUGUCGUCCAGCAGCUCGAUCUCAUCUUCCACCACCUCGAGUAGCAGCUCUUCCUCGUCAUCCGAAUCCGCUACACCAACUGCCGGAGCUAUGGUUAUUGGCAACAUCAUGAGCUUCCAAAAGCUUCUAGGCAACUUGGGAGGUCUUGUUGCUAGCGGGGCCACCAUUACGGCCUGA